CACAGAAGAGAGGCGUUCGGUUGCUGCUAAAGGAGCUAAACAGUUUUCUUUCAAUCAUUUUCAGGAGCAAAACAGCGUGUUUACGGUCUUAAUUCGGUCCAGGAUGGCGAAUCAGAGACCGGCAUCAGGAAGACCUUUGAGUCGUGGAUCAUUUGGACUGAGUGCUGGACGACCCCCUCAGACUGGCAUCAGGGUUGGCACUGGGAUGGUACCAGUGACCAGAGGUGGACCCAUCGCUUCUCCUGGAGUUUUAUCAGCUCAGAUUAAAGUGGCAGAUCGUCCUGUAACUCAACAGGGUCUCAGUGGAAUGAAGACCGCCAUGAAAGGACCGCAGAGGCAAAUCCUUGAUAAAUCAUAUUACCUCGGGUUAUUACGGAGUAAAAUAAAUGAGCUGAUGACAGAAUCCAGCAAAUUACAAAAAGACAUUGACACCUUCAAUCAGGAAAAUUCAGUGUAUCUUUCUUAUGAGAAGAGAGCAGAGGGCCUCGCUGGGGAAAUUAAAGAUCUUCAAGGACAACUGGCAGAUUACAACAUGCUGGUUGACAAGCUGAACACAAACACCGAGAUGGAUGAAGUUGUAAAUGACGUCAUCAUGCUGAGAGCACAGAAUGACAGAGAAGCUCAAAGUAUGGACAUUAUAUUCACUGAGAGGAGAAAGAAAGAGGAUCUGAUACGAGCUGUUGACGACAAUAUAGUGCAAGAGAAACAAGCUGCAGAAAACAUUAUUAAAAAGAUGUCUGCUGAUAAACAGGCUAAAUAUGCUGAAAUGAAAGCCACCAAUGAAGAGCUACUGCAGGAACUGGACACUCGACAAGAAGAACUAGAUGCUUUGAUGAGCAGGAAGGAGACGUAUGAGUCGGAGUUUCUUCACUCACAGGUCAAACAGGAUGCAGUGAUGCUGCAUGAGAAAUUACUAGAACUAGAGAACCGCAGAGACGGUAUGCUGGCUGAAGACAGGAGUGUGGGUUCUCCACAGGAGGAGAGAGAACGCCUCUUGAAACAGGUGAAAGAAAACAACCAGGAAAUUGCCAGCAUGGAACGACAACUGACGGAUGUACGUGAGAAAAUCAGCCACCUCACAGACGAGAUGCGACAACUAGAUGCUGACAUGGAGGAAAAUCAAGGAGAAAGAGCUCAGAAGUACAAGGAGUUGCAGAAGAGAGAAGAGGAAAUCGAUUCAUAUCUGAACACUUUUGAAGAGAAUCGAUCCCAGGAGCUGCAGCAUAUCAGAGACACGCAGACCAGCAUCGUGGCUCUUCUGGAACACUCCAGUAGGAACAUCAGUCGUCUGCAGCAGCUGUCUGUGGUCACUGCACAAGAGCUGCAGUCCAUGCAGGAAGACCUGAGCUUCAAAGAGACGGAGAUGCACAAGUCUCACAUCACAGCCAAAGGCCUUUCUUCAGAGAGUGACCGUUUACAGCAGGACCUGCUGAAGGUCGAGCAGUUGGAAGGGAAGGUCACCACAGAGCUACAGACUCUCAGAGAUCAACUCAAACUCAUGAAUGAAGAGCUGCUCACUUACAGAGAUCUGGAUGCUCUCAAAACUGCUGGAGAGGAGAGGAAGACGAGGCUGCAGGAGGAUCGAGUGACACUCACUAAGAGGAAAGACACAUUUAAGAAGAUCUUACACAAGAUGAAUGAAGAGUUUGAAACUCUGAAGAGCCAGUUACUUGACAACGAGACCCAUGUAGAGCUGACCAACAUGGAGAGAAAGUGGCAACAUCAUGAACAGAACAACUAUGUGAUGAAAGAAUUCAUCGCUUCCAAGGGCGUAGAGAGCGAUUACCGCCCAGUGGUAAAGAAUGUCAACAAGCAGCUGCUGGAGUACAAUAAGACUCUCAUCGACACUCUGCAGGGCACUAGAAACUGAGGAGGAGGGGCACUUCCUGUCUGCUCAUGCAAACUCACUCACUUCCUGUUAAAGAGCACCAGAGAGAUAACUGUGCAAAUGAUUUUAGAAUACAAGUCAUAUUAUCAUUUCUGUAACACUGCAGUGAUUUAUUUAUCUUUGAGAUUUUCUGUGUAAUGCUUGAAUUUCUCAGUCACACUCUGUAGGUCAAAUAUUUUUACAUGCAUAUUAUAAAGUUAAAUUGUUAAAUAAUGUCUCGAGUCAUUUGUCAAACGAUUGUAUUUCUCUGAGCAUUACAGUAUGUGACCGCAGCGUUCAGAUGUUACUAUUUACAGUGACACCUGUUGUGUAUCCUGAGAGGAGAUUGAGCUUUGAAGGUGUUUUAUUAAUGUUUUCCACUCUUUAUCCAUUGGUGAGGGUUAGGUGAAUGAGCCGUCGAGCUGUAAAAUUACAACAAAAAAAGCGCACAUAAAAGAAUCAUGAAAGUGGACCAAAUGACGUGCUAUAUUCCAAGUCUUCUGAAGACAUACGAUAGCUUUGUGUGAGAACCAGACAUCGUUGUGCACAAGUUCUUCAGUGAUAUCACAAAAUAAUAAGUGUCAUUUUUUUGUUUGUUAAAGUGUGAUGGUGUGUUGACUAGUCUUGUCUCUGUAAGGUUUUUUCACCACUCCAAGAUAAACAUUGUGCUAGCAGUGAAUUUGGGAUCUUUCAGUUUACAUCAAGACCAACUAAGUGGAAGGUCAUUAAAAUUACGGUUCAGUCCUGCUCGUAAGCCAGCAUAACUACUGAAUCCAUACAAAUCUCCUUUUGUAUUUUUCACUGUAGCAUAAAGUUACCUCGUUCGGUUUUGCUCUGUUUACUUUUACCUCAUUACAAAAGGUCUGAAAAU